CUCAGUCUAUAUAUAUAUACACACACCUAUUGAAAGAGGUCCAUCUACUUAUCACUUAAAUUAUUUCAAAAGCCAAUUUGUGGUAUACUGAACUUAGAAGUUACUCUUCCCCAAAGGAGCUCCCCAAUUCUCAAGUGUUGCUUCCUUUGAAAGAGCAAUCAGAACACCCCAAAGACCCACCCCAUGGUCUCUUUCUCCAUCAUCUUUUGGGCAAAGUCCAUAACAUUGCUUGUGACAUCAAGGCUUACUUCGGUUCACUCAGAACUGGGUUUAUUGUUCUUUAGGGGGUAACUUCUUAGUUGCUAUCACUGCAAUCAAGUGAUCUUAGAAGCAAAUUGCCACUCAUGUGCACACUUGAGAGUGUCACAAUAGAUAUAUUAAUGUCCUGUCCUUGAUUUUGAUACCAUAUCCACUGUGGAUGGCAGCUGAUUAUGGAUAGAAUAUUGUGGCAAAGGCCGUGAUCUUCAGAUGAUGAAACUGAAUGUUGGCGAGUCUGAGAAUACCAGUCCCCAAAACUGUCGCCUCACAAGGCCAAGCAGUGAAAAAUAAAGAAGAUAAGAAAAAUAAAUAAACUCUUUAAAAAGAAGAGUUUAGAUGAAGGAAGAUGUUUACUAUGAAGACACUUCCAAAAAACAGAAACUUAGUGACUGAGAGGCUCAAUGGUUAAGGUUUUGGUUCAAUUCUCGGUUCUGAUAAUUAUUAAUUUUGUAACUUUGAGUAAGUUCACUGUACUUUCAUAUCGCUCUGACUGCUCAUCUAUAAAAUGGGGAAAAUAAUAGCUGCUAUCUCCCUCACAAAGUUGCUGUGAAGACUGAAGGAAAACAUACAAGCAAAACAUUUAGCACAUUCCUAGCACAAAGGAGGUGCUCCAUAAAAAGUGGUUAUUUUUAUUAUUACCAAUAUUUUAUUUUGAUACUAUUAUGACAUCAAACAAAAGCUCCUGGAAUUAGAAUAAAUGGACAGGACAAUUAAGGCAAGCAGGAGGCAGCAUCUGCAAAGUGGUCCGUGUGCCACAGCUGUUAACACACCUCUUCUCUGUGUUUAGAUCUGAGUGAAGGCUGCUGCACGGCCAUGACUGGGUAAGGCUGUGCUGGUGAUAACUCACCAUGGAGUAGGAUAUGGGUAAUAAGAGGAAGUCAUGCUCCUGAGACAGCUCCCAGGACGGAGGUUGCUUGGCUUUCAGGAGGCAGCUGAGUAGGAACGGUGGACCCGGCAGCUGUGCUGCCCUAUCCCUGUGGAUGGCUCAGCUUCUCUGACAGGGAGAGAACCUAAGUCUACGCUGUGGUGGCUGUCCAUAGGGGAAUGUCACAGAGCACACUCUUUCUUCAACUUUUUCUUAUCUAAUCUAAGUGGUCUCCAUUAUCAUUUUCCCAGGGAAACAUCAGCUCAGGGGAUUUGAUUGACAGAAAAAGAGUGAGGAAGGGAAUAUGUGUGAAGGAAGCUAAAAGCCCAUGGGGAGAGUAUUGGACUUUCUGUGGAAGGGAAGUUUGAAGACGAGGCACCAUCAGGAUGUACCCACACAGACGCAACACCUCUAGAAUCCUGAGUCAGCAUCUUCCCCUCAUGCUGAUUCCUACUCCCCGCCCUAACGAAAAUUCCAUUGUUCGCUGGCAUCACUAUUCCCCUAGUCAUGCAGAAAUGCAACUUGGAGCUCCUCUGUGGCUCUAUUAUAAACCCCUCCUCCAUUCAACCCAUUACCAUGACUUUAUUCCAUACAGUUUUUCUUUCUAUGCACUUCCCUCCCCUCUGCCAUCCCUCUGCCUUCAUCACUCCUGCAAUACCAAACUAACCACUCUGUUUCUUGUCUUUAUCCAAUCCGUCCAGAUUCCCAGUACCACACCAGCGUUUCUUAGAUAUUAUUAUGUCUUGCUACACCUUUCCUCAAAAGCCUUAUUUUCCCCAAUGCUUUCUUUUCUAAUGUAUGAAGUUCUGACUUUUCGUUAUGACUUUCAUGGUUCCCCACCAGCUGGCUCCAGGGGGCACAAUGGCUUUACUCCACUUCUCCACACCCACCCUCAUCCCAGUGAGUGCACCAUGGCCCUGGCGCAGUGCUGAUGGAAUCUGAAAAUAUCGCCAGGGAAUCAUUUGCAAGACUAUCCUAAUAAAUUACAUUUUUUUUUCCCUGGGAUCGGGAAACAAGGGACAGAGGGUGAAACACUUUCCCCAAAAAAUACGCUUGCCUCACUGAGACCAUAGGUAAGGGCUUAAUAUGAUGUGAGAAAGAGGAUUUCUAACUUGGAAUGUAAUUCAUUUCUUUGAAUAUUUAGAAAGCAUCUUGGAUGGGCAGGAAUGAAAACCAGACACUGUACCUGCCAUGACAUAGUUUUCAAUCAAUAAGGAGAUGAAGAGGCAAGCUACCAGUGUAACAGAAAGCAGAAUGAAAGAGAGAGGGACUCAGUAAAGCCUUGUUCUUUUGUUGAAGGCAUGGGAUCCUAUGAGGUAGGCAUGGGCAAGUAUUAUCUUCAUUUUCCAGAUGACAAAACUUGCUUACCUGCCUCAGAGUUUAAGUGGCUUGCUUAUUGUCACAGAGCUAAUAAUUAGCAGAUUAGGGUCUCUUAGCUGGGUGAUCUUUUGAAUGCAUGACUCGGCCAGCAGCCAGCAGAGCUAUGAAACACCGAAAGAAACAAUUAAGCCUGCUUGGGAACAGUGUGAACGGGCAUGGAGCUGGGAGGUCUCCUGGGAAAGGUGGCAUUUGACCUGGGAAUUGAUGAAUCCCAGAAAAGCCAAUCAGAGAGGUGUGAAAACAAAACUAAAAUGGAGACUGGGCCUGAAAAAUUCCCAGGCAGACAAAGCCAAAGACCUUAAAAAUAGCCAUGUUCUUGCUAAAACUACAAACAUAAGUGAAACUUAACUUGGGUCAAUUUCCGAUAAAUGCUUAUGACAGAAAUAACAAUUUAACCCCAGCCGAUGAUAAGUAGUCAACUAACAUAUGAUUAUGUGACUAGGGACUUUCCAAAAAGUUACUUUAAAAAGGCAAUUAUGUAACUGCAAACCAGUCAAAUAAUGUUUUAUUCUGCUUCUGUAACUUCCCAGUAAAUGCUUGCCUCUGACACUUUGUCAUCGCAACACUAAACUUUUGUCGGUCUGGUGCUCCCCAAUUUAUGAAUUGCUUCUUACUUAAAUAAACUCUUUAAAAUUUUACUGUGCCUCAUAUUUUUUAAUAGAGAAGAAAAGAGAGAAGGAAGAAUAUUUUAGAAAUAAAGGAACUUCAUGGGCAGAGUCACAGUGCGAGACAAGGAGCAGACCAAGGGCAAGAUUGCUGGGGGAGUGAGGACUCCCUCCCUCUUCUCCCCUGAGAAGCUGAGAUAAAGGGGGAGGAGAAACCUGGGUGCCCCCCACUGAUAAGCAGGCUCCACCCAGAGGCCAGUCCUGUGUGCCUGGGGACAAGGGGAAAGAGCAGCAGAAGUGUCCCUUCUCCAAGAUCAAGGAACUGGGGUGGGGGCAGAAGGGGGACUGUUUCCUGGACCCCAGUCCUCCAAAUCAGCACCUAGAGUGGAACCAGGAAGGAUUCUGGAGCCACAGAGGAUAGACAGACAGUAAGUUCCCUUUUGGAGUCAGAGGCCUUGGGUGGGGUGUGAGGGUGACUGUGUGCAAAUGUCCUGCCCCCACUGGAGGGGAGGGAACCUGAGGCUUACAGAGUAGAAAGGGGGAGAGAGAGGGAGGUAAUGGGAGAGGGAGUGAGAAAUGGCACAUUCAGGGGACAGGUUCAUUCUGAAGCCCAUCUGGGAAGACUGCCCUGAGAUAAAAAUAUGUGUUGGGGGGCAGGGCGGGCAGCGAGGGUAACAAAAUGGCCUGAGAAAACUCUCUUCAAUGCACCAUUUCCUGCACCAGCUUCUCUCUCCUCCUUCUCCCUCCACUCACUUCAGGAAGGUGGGGACCAAAGUGAGGAAGAGCCGAGGGAACCCAGCCAAGCAGGUGGAAUGGGGACUCUCUGGAGCCAAGAGAGCACUCCAGAGGAGAGGCUGCCCGCGGAAGGGAGCAGGCCAUGGGCAGUGGCCAGGCGGGUGCUGACAGCUAUCCAGGUUUUGGGCCUGCUCCUUUGUUUUUCUGUGCUUUUGUUCUACAUCUUCCAGAACUGUGGGCCUCGCCCCUGUGAGACAUCUGUGUGUUUGGAUCUCCGGGAUCAUUACCUGGCCUCUGGGAACACAAGUGUGGCCCCCUGCACCGACUUCUUUGGCUUUGCCUGUGGAAGGGUCAAAGGGACCUAUAAUUCUUUUCAGGAGCUUGCCACAAAGAACAAAAACCGACUUCGGAGAAUACUGGAGGCCCAGAAUUCCUGGCACCCAGGCUCUGGAGAGGAGAAAGCCUUCCAGUUCUACAGCUCCUGCAUGGAUACACGUGCCAUUGAAGCUGCAGGGACUGGUCCCCUCAGACAAGUUAUUGAGGAGCUUGGAGGCUGGCGCAUCUCUGGUAACUGGACUUCCUUAAACUUUAACCGAACGCUGAGACUUCUCAUGAGUCAGUAUGGCCAUUUCCCUUUCUUCAGAGCCUACCUGGGACCUCAUCCUGCCUCGCCACACACACCAGUCAUCCAGAUAGACCAGCCAGAGUUUGAUGUUCCCCUCAAGCAAGAUCAGGAACAGAAGACCUAUGCCCAGAUCUUUCGGGAAUACCUGACUUACUUAAAUCAGCUGGGAACCUUGCUGGGAGGAGACCCAAACGAGGUGCAACAACACGCUUCCAUGUCCCUCACCAUGACUUCACGGCUGUUCCAGUUUCUGAGGCCCCUGGAGCAGCGGCGGGAACAGGGCAAGCUCUUCCAGAUGGUCACUAUCGACCAGCUCAAGGAAAUUGCCCCUGCCAUCGACUGGUUGUCCUGCUUGCAAGCAACAUUCACACCGAUGUCCCUGAGCCCCUCUCAGUCCCUCAUGGUCCAUGACGUGGAAUAUUUGAAAAACAUGUCACAACUGGUGGAGGAGAUGCUGCUAAAGGAGAGGGACUUUCUGCAGAGCCACAUGAUCUUAGGGCUGGUGGGGACCCUUUCUCCAGCCCUAGACAGUCAAUUCCAGAAGGCACGCAGAAAGCUCAGCCAGAAACUGCGGGAACUGACAGAGCAACCACCCAUGCCCGCCCGGCCGCGAUGGAUGAAGUGCGUGGAGGACACAGGCACGUUCUUCGAGCCCACGCUGGCGGCUUUGUUUGUUCGUGAGGCCUUUGACCCGAGCACCCGAAGUGCUGCCAUGGAAUUAUUCACUGCGAUCCGGGAUGCCCUCAUCACUCACCUCAGAAAGCUUCCCUGGAUGAAUGAGGAGACCCAGAACAUGGCCCAGGACAAGGUUGCUCAACUGCAGGUGGAGAUGGGGGCUUCAGAAUGGGCCCUGAAGCCAGAGCUGGCCCGACAAGAAUACAGAGAUAUACAACUUGGACCAAACUUCCUGCAGUCUGUCCUGAGCUGUGUCCGGUCCCUCCAAGCUAGAAUUGUCCAGAGCUUCUUGCAGCCUUUCCCCCAACACAGGUGGAAGGUGUCCCCUUGGGAGGUCAAUGCUUACUAUUCAAUAUCUGACCAUGUGGUAGUCUUUCCAGCUGGACUCCUCCAACCCCCGUUCUUCCACCCUGGCUACCCCAGAGCUGUGAACUUUGGCGCUGCUGGCAGCAUCAUGGCCCACGAGCUGUUGCACAUCUUCUACCAGCUCUUGCUGCCUGGGGGGUGCCCAGCCUGUGACACCCAUGCCCUCCAGGAAGCUCUCCUGUGCCUGAAACGCCAUUAUGCUGCCUUUCCAUUACCCAGAGGAAUCUCCUUCAAUGACUCCCUCACAUUCUUGGAGAACGCUGCAGACGUGGGGGGGCUAGCCAUUGCGCUGCAGGCAUACAGCAAGAGGCUGUUAUGGCACCGUGGGGAGACCGUCCUGCCCCGCCUGGACCUCAGCCCCCAGCAGAUCUUCUUUCGAAGCUAUGCCGAGGUGAUGUGUAGGGAGCCCAGCCCCCAGGAAUCUUACGACACUCACAGCCCUCCACACCUCCGAGUCCAUGGGCCCCUCAGCAGCACCCCAGCCUUUGCCAGAUAUUUCCGCUGUGCACGUGGUACCCUCUUGAACCCCUCCAGCCACUGCCAGCUCUGGUAACUUGGUUACUGAAGAUGCCACAGCACAGAAAUAUCGACCAACACCUCCCUGGUCACAUCCACGGAAUCAGAGCAAGAUUUCCUUUCCACUUCUGUUCCAAAAAUAAAAGCCGGCACUUGGCUUCUGCUUGUCUCUUAA